UUAAUCCCCAACCAGCCAUGUGGUUCUUCCCAUAUAGGAGACAUGGCAACUUAUUUGCAAUAUUUCUGGGGCCUAUCUUUCUCAAUUUCACUUUAUUUUGUUCACUCAAUAUCUUCAUCUCAUGUUUACAUUGUUUAUCUAGGGCAUAACCAAUUUCGUAACCCUAUUGUUACUUCAAACUCUCAUAUUCAACUCCUCUCUAAUGUCUUUGCAAGUGAAGAAGAAGCUAAAAAAUCCAUGCUCUAUAGCUACAAGCAUAGCUUCUCAGGCUUCUCAGCAAAGCUUAAUUCAACUCAAGCAGCUACCAUUGCCAACAUGAAAGGAGUAUUAUCAAUAUUCAGAAGCAAGACACUAGACUUGCACACCACAAGAAGCUGGGACUUCCUAGGCCUUAUCUUGGAAAGAACUAGUGCAGCAACUCCUCUGCAAUUGAGCUAUGGCGAUAACGUUAUUGUUGGGAUCUUUGAUUCAGGGAUAUGGCCAGAAUCCGAAAGUUUCAAGGAAAAGAUAUGUUUAGGUCCAAUUCCACCAUCUUGGAAGGGAAAAUGUGUUAAAGGAGAAGAAUUUGAUCCUAAAAAAGCAUGUAACCGCAAAUUGAUUGGUGCUCGAUACUACUAUAAAGGAUUUGAAGAAGAAUAUGGACCUUUAAACAAGACUGAAGAAUAUCGAUCAGCUCGAGACUUUCUUGGUCAUGGAACACAUGUAGCUUCAACAGCAGUUGGAUCCAUAGUUUUAAAUGCAAGUUUUUUUGGUUUUGGACAAGGCAAUGCUAGGGGUGGAGCACCAAGAGCAAGAUUAGCAGUUUACAAGACUUGUUGGAAUAAAAAAUUGGAUGAAAAUGGAAAAUGUGAAGAAGCUGAUAUUCUUGCAGCUUUUGAUGAUGCAUUAAAAGAUGGUGUGAAUAUAAUAUCAGCUUCUUUUGGUUCAUUGCCACCUGAUUUGGUUCAGUUCUUUGAAUCAAGUGUAGAUAUUGGUUCAUUUCAUGCAAUGCAAGCUGGUGUUCCUGUUGUUUUCUCAGCUGGAAAUGGAGGUCCUGAUCCUUCUUUAAUAGGAAAUGUGUCUCCUUGGAGUAUUUGUGUUGCUGCUUCCACUAUUGAUAGAUCAUUUCCAACUCAGAUUGUUCUAGACACUAAUCUCACUGUUAUGGGAGAAGGCUUAUUAACCAAAGAGAUCAAAGGAAAAUUGGCAAGUGCAUCAAUGUAUUUUGAUGAUGGGGUUUGCGCAAUGGAGGCCUGGAAUAAUAUAAAAGCAAAAGGGAAGAUUGUUAUAUGCUUUGCAAAUGUGGGGCCAAUAUCAUUGAGUGUAAUAGCACAAGAAGCAGUGAAGAAAGCAGAAGGAUUGGGUUUGAUCUUUGUUGACUCUCCCACAAAGCAGAAUGUUGAUGUUGAUAUUAUCCCCACUGUUCUUGUUGAUACUACUCAAGGAUCUACAAUUCUUAACUUUCUUUCUCAGUUUGUUUUCCUGCCAGUGAUAAAAAUAUUACCAAGUAGAAGUGUUGUUGGGAAGUCAGUAGCACCUGCGGUAGCAUCCUUCUCUUCCAGAGGGCCAAGCCCACUUUCACCUGAUUUUCUGAAGCCAGACUUGACGGCUCCAGGAGUGAAUAUACUAGCAGCUUGGUCUCCCAAAAUUCCUCCAAGCCUAGUGCCAGACGCAGAUAAUCGCUCUGUCGAUUGGAAUUUCCAAUCAGGAACUUCAAUGUCUUGCCCUCAUGUUUCAGGCGUAGCUGCACUUGUUAAAUCUCUCCAUCCCGACUGGUCUCCUGCAGCCAUUAAAUCUGCUCUGAUGACUACUGCUUCCACAAGAGAUGUAACAUUUGAUAGCAUUCUAGCUGGAGGAUCAAUGGAGUUAUCAGAUCCCUUUGACAUUGGAGCAGGCCAUAUAAAUCCAUUAAAAGCAAUAGAUCCAGGUCUAGUUUAUGACAUGAAAUCCAAAGAUUAUAUUCCUUUCCUCUGCAACCUCGGCUACACGAAACAACAAAUCCAAAUAUUAGUCGGUACAGACACGAUAGACUGUAGCUCUUCCCUAAUUGCAGACAUAAAUUACCCGUCAAUCACAGUCUCUAAUCUCCAAUCUACUACUACUGUUAGAAGAACUGUUCGAAAUGUCGGUCCAAAUAGAAUUGCUAUUUACUUUGCUAAAAUUGUCGAGCCGAAUGGUGUGGAAGUAGUCAUUUGGCCUCGGAUUUUGCUAUUCACAUAUUUCAGGAAAGAGCUUUCCUAUUAUGUGACUCUAAAGCCAUUGAAGAAAUCUCAAGGGAGAUAUGAUUUUGGAGAGAUAGAAUGGUCUGAUGGAUUUCACUGUGUUAGGAGCCAAUUGGUUGUGUUGGUGAAUACUGCCAUGGAUGAUGGUUCUGCUCAUCAUCAUCAUCUUUUAUCAAGCGUUUAAGGUUUCUUCAUUAAGAAAUUAUUUUUCUUUUAAAAGCAUAUUUGUAUUACGUAAGGUUUAUGUUGAUAUGUAAUAAGCGCAAUAACUAUCACCAUUACUACUAUUAUUAUCUUAAUAAAUAUUCUUAUUGGAAAUGCAA